UCUUCUGACCCAGAGAAACUCACAGAUUCAGUGUCUCACAUCAUGAAGCUUCUGGUGUUUCUUCUGUUGCCUUACCUCUCUCUGAGUGAGGUUGGGAAGGAUUUUAAUCAAUGCGGUCAGUUCUUUUUGAAUAAUGUCCCUCCUCAGUUCAUACCACCAGCGGGUGUCUCAGUCCAGCACAUCUGUCAGUGUCUUUGGGACGACAGCGAUCAGAUAAUGUAUCUUUAUGCAACUUUGUACAGCACAACAUGGAGGAUCCCCAUCUACUCUGCAUAUGUGUUUGGGAGCCCAAAUAUUGGGAGGUGUGAUGCUUGGUACAUCGAACCUCAGCUGGAUGAUAAUAAUGCUGAUCCGUGUAUGAGUCCUAAAGGUUAUAAACGCACUAUUGGUAAAAAUCAGGCUGUGAAUAGUGACUAUAAGGGCUCUGUCUAUGACAAAGGUCAUCUCUACCCGGUGCAGCACACCGACAAUCAUCUCUCCAUGCUGGCCACCUCCACCCUGACCAACGCCGCUCCACAGGACCCAACGUUCAAUCAGAAUGCAUGGAAGACACAUGAGGGGGCUGUAAUUAAAGAUCUGGAAGGCUGUGACAAGGCUUAUGUAGUGACUGGUGUAGUUCCUGAUAUCAACAACAAAAUUAAUAAUAGAGUUACUGUCUCAAAGUAUUACUGGAGAGCCACCUGCUGUUUAAAGAAUGGUGUGGUCACAGGGCAGGGUUACUAUGGACCUAACAAUAACCAAGUGCAGAAGUUAUCAAUUACAGCCCUACAGACACAGCUGGACAAAGAUUACAACGUGAAUAAUAUUAAGAUUUUCCCAAGCCCCGCGACAGGUGGCUGUAACUAGUUUAACCUUGAACCUAUGAGCUAAAAAUGGAUCAGUUGACAUAUACUGUAUAUCUUUAACUGGGGUUGGUAAUAGCUGGUAUCAAUUCUUUAUUCCCUAGAUCAUGACUUUAUGCUCCUGACCUGGCUUUAUGUUAUUUUUAAACAAUAUAAUCUUUAUCAACUUCACUGUUUGACUGUUAUUAUCAUGUGUUUAAAUCAAUGCUGGAUGUAUAAUCGGUUACAUUUAAUAAACACAGUGUGCAAGUGUG